GUAUGUAGCGUGAAGGAAGAGAAGAGUAGAGUGGAGCAGCAUCGGGAGAGUCAAUGCAUGUUGCCAGAUUGAGAGACGCGGGGAGGGUAGAGGACAGAAGCGACGGGAAGUAGGAGAACGGGAAGCAAGAAUUUUGAGGGCUUGAGGCGGCAGAGAAAAGAGGAGAGAGGAGGGGAGGAGAGGCAGUUUUGGUCUCAGUCAAGUAGAGAGGCAGGCAGGGAGCAGCAUAUAGCUGGCUGCGCAGCAUUGUGGAUGUAAACUUUAUCAUCUGCGGGAUCAGUGGGUAGCAGCUGCAGAGCAGGAGGGAAGUGUGCUGGUGGAUUACCAUGUGUGUCCUCUGAAUGCACCAGGAUGCUGCAUCUCCACCAGGGGAAAAGCUGGCCGUGGCUCGCCUGCAGAGGGAAGUCGCACGGAGCAAGAGCGAAGGAACAAUGCGAGAAAAGCUGAUCCACGAGCUAGAGGAAGAGCGACGCCUGCGACUGGAGAGCGAGAAGCGUCUCCGGGAAGUAACCGAGGAGUCAGAGCUGGGACGGGCGCAGAUGGUUUCACUGCAGCAACAAUUCUCCAGGAUGGAAGAGACGGUGCGGUCGCUGCUGCAGAAUCAGGGCGUCCUGGAGCAGACUGCCGUGGACACAGUGGACAUCAUGAAGGCCUAUAAGGAUAAACUCUCUGAGGAAGUGGCGAAACAGCACAAUGGCCCCGAAGAGAAUGGCUCCCUGACGGCGCCUCGAGUGGAGCCGGACCCCAGGCUUCUGCCGAACGCCGAUCCUGAUACCAGCCAAGCAGAAGAGGACAAAGACAAAAGCAAUCUCCUUGUGGAACGCCUCAAGGCCCUGGAGGAGGAGAAUUCUGCGUUGGCCUUGGAGAAUGAGAGCCAGAGGGAACAGUAUGAACGCUGUCUAGAUGAGGUUGCCAAUCAAGUUGUGCAGGCGCUUCUUACCCAGAAGGAUCUGAGAGAGGAAUGUCUGAAGCUGCGGACCAGAGUUUUUGACCUGGAGCAGCAGAAUCGGGCGCUGAGUAUUUUGUUCCAGCAGAGGAUCAAGCCCGCCUCAGACCUGCUUCUCCAGAAACUCCACUCUCGGAUCAUGGAUCUGUCUGCUGCAGAUUUGCUUCUGGAGCCGGAGAGAAGCAAGGCCUUCUUGCUUUCCAGGAAUGUGGACUCUCCCUCUAAUGAGCUUCAGUUGAACGGAAAGGCAGGUCAACCUGUGGUUAAGUGUCUGAGCCAGCUGAGUCUGACAGUGCCAGCACCUGUAUACCCGCGCAGCAGCCGUAGCAGUAGUGAGUUGUCCCUGUCAAGUGCGUGCAGUGAAUUCUCCAGUGGCUCAUACACCUGGAAUGAUGGACGCUCCUGUGGAAAAAUGUCAUCUCUGACCUGGGAGAAGAGGCUGAGUUUGGGUUCAUCAGCCCCUAGUAAUAUAUGUGCCCCACUGGAGGAGCAGCUGCCCACGAGGCGCAAGGAGAGCCACAUACUAGAGGGACUGAGAAAGCUCCAGAGGAGGAAACACAGAAGCUCCUCGUCUUCAUCCAAGGUCUCCAAGUCGGGCUACAAAGACUGCAUGAACUCCAACGAGGGCAUCUACUCCCUGGGUGUCAAAAGUAACAGUAAAGGGGUGUCUAAGCCUACCCAUGUGGGUAGAACUUUGGCUGCUGGGGGCAAGAAGUUCUCUUAUAAUUCCGAUGAUGCAGAUGAUGAAUUGGCACAUUCCAGUCGUGGAGAUAACAUCCCCACCAAGGACAACUGGUUUUACUGUAAGAGGCGCUCCCACAGCAUUUCAGACAGUUUAUGUAGCUUGGAGGGGAUACAGGACAGUGGAGAUGGAGGUAAUGGUAGCUCAGGUCCUGUGGCUACCAAACAGCCUUCUGGCUAUGACUCAAAAGAGCGUCCCGAAAAACUCAUGAGUUUCAUUAACAGUUUUCUCCCUGAGGGGGGGCGGACAUCAGCUUUUACUAAACCAACCCUGCUUCACGCCGACCCUUCUGACCCAGAGGGUCCCAAUCACCUCUCUGAUGUGGAUGAUCCAGAGGAACUCAACUCUGAGUCCAGUGACAUCCGAAUGUCCUUUUGCCAGCCACUAGAGGAAGCAGAGAGGGACUCCAAGCGCCUCUCAAGGGACACUAGCAAGCUGCUUGCACAACAGUGCUUGCGAAGAGACCAGGGGCGCACCCAGUCUGCAGAUGGGAGGCCCAGGCCUUUCAGCCUCAUUAAGGAGCCCAAAGGGGCCAAAUGUACUCAGUCUGAGGAGAGCAUUUUGGCAAUAUUUGAUGCAGAAGGAGAACCUAUUGAACUUUGUGCUCAGAAACUUGCAGCAGGUGCUGGGUCUCGAAAUGACAUUCAAGGUAGCAAAGUAGUUGCUGAUUACACAGAGGUAGUGCCCCAACAGAGACCAACAAGGCAAAAGUCAGCAAAUACAAGAAACUAUACUGUUCUUGAAUCUCCAGAAAAACCAUCUGAAUAUCAGAUUAGGACUAGCAAAACAAGCAAUAGCAGAGAGGGCAGUGCAGAGAGGCUGUCAAUGCAGUUGACUCCACAAAGGAAGCUAAUCAAACCACCAAACAGCCGAGCUAAUAAAGGCCAUUCAAUCCCUCCCAUGAAUGAUUCUACUGGUCCCAAGUCCAGUGGUUCAAAGAUACCAGGUCGUAACAAACCUUCGGGAUCCCCACUGAGAUUGUCUAAGGGCUCCACCACUGAACAAAGUAACAGUGGAAACUCAGGACCCUCCGGUCAGGAGAAAUCCCCCUCUUCUCCUACAGUUAAAAUGUCCAGGUUCAUCAAGACACAAGGAAACUGCUCACAGAGUCCAAAGGCGGUAAAUUCCAAGAUUCCCAGCUGGGCUGAAUGGAGUAAGGGCUCCUCCUCCAGUUCCCCUCACCUCUCAAGGAGGCACCUGGAGUAUGCUGAUAAUGGCGAACAGCCCACCAGAGACAAACACUGUGAAACCAGCAAAAAUAAACUCAGGUCCCCUUCUCCUCCCCCUCCCCCAGGCCGCACCACCUCCUUACUGAUCAGACCAAAUUAUGAAGGGUCAUCUCAAGCACAUAAAACAGGGAUGGCUCAACCAUCCACACCAACCACUGUGAGGGGCCCUCCCCCAAGUUAUCACACCUCACUUGUACCAAAUAUGCAAACUACACUACCCAUCAAGGAUAAAGACUGCUUAGACUUGGAUGCAGGCUACGGGACUGCACUUGCACCUCAGAAACUGGUUGACAAAACCAGUCAGCACCUUCAAAAGUCCCCCGCCAUGACUCAGACAUCUACUAAAGGCACAUCCAAGCGAAUGACCACGAAAGACUACCUCCCUACUACAAACUCAGGGUGUGCUCCAGAACCUGAAAAUGCACCUAAAAGCUCAAAGAAUGUCCCUCCUCCGUACAGUGCUCUCAGAGGGUCCUCACUUCAGAGCUCAUUUGCAAGUAAAAGAGGAUCAACCCAUGAAAAUGUCCAUCAAUCAGUGCAAAAGACUUCCAUUGGUUUACCUAUAUCGCUUCAGGACACCCCUCAAGGUAAGACAGAACCACAAAAUGGUAAAGCUGUGGUCAGCCCACCCAGCUCAGUUAUGAUGUCCUCUAAUCCAGUGGAAAAAGCCUCAAAGACUCGUAUCCCAAUGGGGUUUAAAGCAUUUUUAAAAUCUCCCCCCAGCCAUAAAAAUUGUCCAUCUAUACCAGGCAAGCAAGAGAAGGAUCAUAUCAACUCAGUCUCCAAGGAGACUGUGACUUCAAAUGCUUCUACCCAGUGUGACAGCUUGCAGCCAGUUUACAGUAUUGAUUCACCACCCAAGAUGUCCAUUACAGAGGGGAAAGGUGAGGGCCAGUGUAGGUUACUGGAAGAGGAGGUACACGCUGCUGUGUUACCAGAGGAGGGGGAUGUUUGCGAUACAGGGAAAAGGAAUAGUCAGCUUUUCUCUAGAUCUAUAUCUGUUACUACCAAACCCCAUCUAAAGCCAGCCUUGGGGAUGAAUGGAGCCAAAGCCCGUAGCCAGAGUUUCAGCACCAACUACAUUGAGAAACCCAACAUCAAUGCUCUAGAUGGACCAGGAAAAAUCCGGACACAGAUCAUCACCAACUCAGGUGAAAGGGGGAACUCUUUGUCAAGACAGAGCUCCUUGGAGGUACCCAGUGUUGGGUUAGCUGAGAGCCCUGUCCAUUCCCCCAGGACCAGGCUUAGCCACUAUGGAGGUAUGACAGAGUCAAAUGUUCAUAAAGUCCUUCCUGAGAGAACUUCUAAAUCAGGCUCCAAAGGUGAGGGGUCACAGGGCACAGUGAACGAAGAGGCAAUCACUGCACCUUCUCAAAAAGAGGUGCGUAGCUUACCCAUCAGUGACAGGACUGGUUUGAACAACAUUCGUAAGACAAAAGUUGCCUCUCAUCCACAGUUUCAGCCUCCGUCCUCUUGUGUCUAUAGCUCGGAAAACCCAGUACGAGAGACGGGAGGCAUAGCAGCCACCACUAAUGAGCCAGACUUUAACAGGGAAGUCAAAACUCAGACAGACUCGCCAAACAAAUCUCCAGAUAUGGAGGAGAAAAAGAUCAGCUCCACAGUCUGCACUAUUGAAGAGAAAGUCAUGAUGGGAAUCGAAGAGAAUUUGCAGAAAUGUCAAGAACAGGAGAAGGUCGCUGCAAACGAGGCCAAACAGAAGACGGGCCCCUCUCUGGCAAACUGGUUUGGCCUCCGUAAGAGCAAACUCCCGGCUCUGAGUGGUAAGAAAACAGACUCCCCCAAAGGAAAAGAGGAGAAGAAAGAGCUGAAGAUCGGAUCAGUGCUUGGAAGCAAACAGAUGAGGUCUGACAAAAAGAAGGAUAAAAAGAAAAAUGAUAUCCAGCAGAAAGACAGUCAGGAGGUGCAGAAUCUGUCUGAGAUGAAUAACAAGCUGAGCUCCAUCAUGGACCACUGCAACAAUCAGAUGGGUCAGAUUGCCAGUCAGAUCCAGUGUACGACAGCGUUUAUUGGCAAAGACCAGUUCGUGAAAGAGCUUCUUGGCAGGACUGCUGUGAAGAGUAACUCUGUGGCUGCGUCGCCGCCUGGGAUCUCCACACCCAAGAAACACAGCGAAAUGAAGGCCGAUAUGGAGAUCUGUCCAGAUACUGCUACCCUUAUAAUGACUCAGAGGAUCAGCAUGAGGGCUGAAAAUGAGGAGGCACGCAUCCCAGACACGGCUUGUCAAGACCACAUGAUCGGCUCCGGCUGUCAGAUGAGAACCCUGGACAGCGGGAUCGGCACCUUCCCUCUCCCCGAUUCCGUCACCCGGGCCAGCGGUCGCCACAUCCCAAAAUCUGAAUCCAGCCCAGAUGGGGUGAGCGCCGGCUCGUCUGAGCUCGAUCCGGGGCCUCCCUCUUCCCACCCAGACCCCUCUCACCCCGAUGUGAAAGUGCCUUCCCUCCCAAAAACACACCUGCAUGCCCCUACCAGCAUGGGUCACUCCCUGUCCGACUCCGCCGUCACCUGCAGCAGCAGCGCCCAGGACACCCAGAGCCGUCUGCCAAAAUUAGCAACUUCCGAUGCAAUCAGGACAAAGAGGUUGAGUCUGUGCGCUCCACGGUGCAACAUCUCCACAGAGGACAAAGAAAGAGAACCAGAGAGGAAGAUGAAAACCAAGGACUAUGAUAUGCCCGGUGAACGAGCCCUGCGAGUGUGCACGUACUCGGGCAGCAGCAGCAGCGACACCGAGACUGAACUCGAGGGAAGCGGAAGUACUCUGAGCUCGCCACAAAGGACCCUGAUCAACAGAACCAAGAAGAGCGACUCAGUCGACCAGAACGAGGAGACCCUGAAGAGAAGCAGCGUGGAGAAAUCCUUUUCAAUCAUGGACUACUACCAACACGACAUGUUCUUGCAUCUGGAGAAGGACAGCAGGAGGAUUUCCCAGUACAACUUGUUGCACAAAGAGUCAUCCCUCGAUGGCAAAGCAGGGGACAGGCUCAGUAAGGAGAUUCCCCUGGAGAAAAUGCCCGUCGGCGCAAACCAGCCGGGCUCUCUCGACUUCUCUUUAGAGUCCCUGAACAAGCUGAAUCACAGCAGCUCCAGCAGCGGCAGCCUUUACCCAGACGCCGGCUUAGGCGGCCGCAGAGGCGACUGCCACGCCGACGCCGGGAAGAGCGCGGAGGACUGCUGCAAGGUGGACGAGCCCUCCUCCUCCAGCUUCUCCAGCAAGCCCGGGGCAGAUCCAGUGGGCUCCCUGAGCGACUCGCUGUAUGACAGCUUUUCCUCCUGCACCAGUCAGGGCUCCAAUGACGUGUGAGGGGCAAAGAGUCAGAAGGUAGGGCUGCAGUGAAGGAGUCCGGUCCACGUCUUGAGUCAGGUUUUAGGGCCACUUAGACAUCACUUUGUGUUCUUGGCCAUUACCAACUUUUUCCUGCCUUUUCAAGUUCUCCUCUUCCUUUCGAAGGUCCAUGCAUUGAUUGGUUGGAUAUUGAAGGGUAUGCUAGGCCUACAGAGUGGGUUUUCAGGCAGCCUGGUCUCGUAGAAGACUCAGACUGGACUGACGGGUUCUUGACUGCAGCCCUGCCUCAACACAUGGAGCCCUGUCCUCUCUGCAUACGACACAAAGCACUUAGUAGAGCUGGGGACACAAUGAUAAAACCUCAACCCAGGCAUCGAACCAGAACUUUGAAUAGUUUGACUCUGGGUGUGGUUGACUGGACAGCAUUACACAACGUUGUCUCAUUGCAAUUUUGUAGUUAUCUCUUUUCCCCAUGCUGGGGAACUUUUUAUCAUUGCACUGUAACAAAAAAAAAUGUACAAAGUUUGUAAGGAGUGUAAAGUGAAUUUAUUAGCAAUUAUUCACGCAGUGAUAAGGCUGGGCAUCUUCUUGGGACAACGGUGAUGGGCAACAUUGGCGUACAGUUGCAACAAAAGUGUUGCUUUUGAUUGAAUUCCUGUUGGUUGGGGAAACUAGAUUUAAACCAGAGGGGUCAUUUGUAUGUUUUGCUGCUAAGUAUGUUGUCCAUUUAAGUUGCCCAAGAAAAUUGCCCACGAUGAAUCACAACUCAUAAUAAUACACCUGGUUCAGCUUUGUCUACUUCUUUUUUGAAGGAAUUUUUUUUUAAUCAUAAUUUCUGAUCAUUUGAAAUCAUUUUAAAGGUAAAACCUGUUGCCCAUCGCGUCGCUGCGUGUGAUCGUUUCAGCAGUUAUGCAGCCGAUAAUGGCAAACAAAGCAGAAAAUAUUGACAAAUGUUCUUCACGUGACAUGAAAAUGAUCACCCCUCAGCUAACAAAACUCAUUUUUAACGGCAGAUUAUCUCAUGAUGCCAACUGACGCACGGCUUAUUACGUUUCCACGUGGUACAUUCACUAUUGUAACGAUGUUUCAGUGUCUGACUGAUACGCAGGUACAGCAAACAACCAACUUUUUGGCUUGAACGCACCCAGUGUCAUUGUUGGUAGCUCAGGGAACAUACUGGACUAAUGUAGAUUGUAAGACUUAAAAUAGAGCCAUCAGGAAAAUGUUGACAAACACAAAUAACACUCAGUCUGUUUCUUUUUUUUUUUUCUUUUUGAGUUCCUGAUACAAAACUCCACAAUCCACACAGUCUAGUUUAUACUCUCAUGUAGCACAGCAAACCUGAACUCUCCAAACCUCAGUUUUCCUUUCAUAGUUGUAUAUUACCUUGUAUAUAAAAAUUGCUAUAAGUUAAUAUCAGAAUGGGCAUUGCUGAUUGAUAUAUGCAAAGUAGAAAAAUAAAGAAACAAACAAAAAAAAGAUGUACAUUGUUUGCCAAUCAUUCAACCAAGGUUUUAAGUCUGCUGUUUGAAAAUGGCAUGUAUCUUUUCUUAUGGAAUUCUUUAGGGGUUCUUGUUUUUUUUUGUUUUUUGUUUUUUUUGCUUUGUUUUGUUUUUAAAAAGUCUUUAUUUUGAUCAAUAAGAGCUAAUACUAAAAUAUUUUAUCACUUUAUUUGAAAGACAUAUUUGAACUUUAGGCUGAAGUUACGCCAAAUUUCUACCUGGAAUUUGACCAGCUGGUGCUAAUCAACAGAGCCGACUGUGUGUUUCAAUUUUUCUAUGAAACUGUUAAUAUUGUAUGAAGAGAGUCUGAAGAGGACUUGUGUAUUUUUCUAGAUGUCCAGUAUUUAUACCCACAUUUUGUACUGUCAGACUGUAGUGUGACUGUCAUGCUUCACCUCUCUCCUUAAAUGUUCCUGGUUCCCUUGUAAAGAGAAAUGGUUACCAGCAGUGUUACUUUGGUAAUUAUUAUUAAUAUUAUUGUUAUUAUUAUUAUUACCGUGUGCAAUUUUGUCUGUUACACUAGACUUUAAUGCUAUAUUUUAUGUAACUAUUU